GGCAAACGUCAUCGUCAGUUGCCAAAUGUCGCUUUGUUUACAAUGUGAGAUUUGUAAAGUCAAUUUGUGUAAUUAUAUUUUCAUUUAUUUCGUAAAGGUGCGUUUCACCUAAAGGUGUUUUUUUACUUUUAAAUUAUCCGAUAUUUGUAAUACUAGGAUGGUACAUGAAGGAAACCUUGCAUACCAUGGCGAGGACCCAGGAGCUGUACAAUAUGGGAAUUUCAUCAACUAUUACUCCUUUCACAAUUCAAGUCAAAGAAUACAGGGUCUUCAUGCCUCCAUGUUUCCUGAGCUUGCCGCUAACGAAGAUAUUAUAUGUUUGGACAUUGGUUGUAAUACUGGAGAACUAACAAAAGGAGUUUACGAUUAUUUAAAAAAUAACAUUUACCCAAAAUCUUCAAUUCGCAUCUUAGCUGUCGACAUUGACCCAAUUCUGAUACAAAGAGCUAAAGACAAUAUAACCAUUAGUGAUAUUACGUUUAUAAAUUCAAACAUAAUGAAAUAUGAUGAUCUGGACAUUAUUGGUCAAUACUUAAAGUCUUACAAUAGACAAACGUUUGAUAUAGUGUUUUGCUUCUCUGUAACAAUGUGGCUUCAUCUCAACAGUGGUGAUGAAGAUUUUCUCACUUUUUUAAAAUCAAUAAAAGAUUAUACAAACACAUUAAUAAUAGAACCACAACCAUGGAAAUGUUAUCGGAAUGCUCAAAGACGAAUGAAGAAGUCUGGCUGUAAUUUUCCACUUUAUGAGACAUUGAAAAUAAGAAGUAAUGUUGAAUUAGUUAUUGAAGAUACAUUAAUAAAAAAUGGUUUAAUUAAAACAUAUGAGUCUCCCCCGUCUAACUGGAAUCGGAAAAUACAAAGUUUUCAUUCAGUUCUAAAAUAAAAAAAUUAAGACUUGUAA